AUUAUUACCAUUCAUUUUUAUAAGUUGAUGAGAUGCCUAUUGCUUCUCUUAUCUAGCAGUCUACAAUUUUGUUUUUUAGACCAAGAUAUCACUUUGAGUUCAACCACUCCCUCAAAACCGAUUUGCAGUCCCCAGCAAUUUAACCAGACCAUUACAAAAGAUGGCUGCUCUAUAACCGUCCCGUUAACCAAGUGCCAAGGAAAUUGCCCAUCUGAGUCAUGGUACCAUGAUGGCUUUGAGUGGGUAGAAGGUCGGUGCAGUUGCUGUAUGCCAUUGAAAAGCUCCGUGAUUAUGAAGAGGGUAGAGUUAUAUUGCCCAAACUCAAACAACCACGUCUAUGUAGAUAUCAAGGUCUUCACAGAGUGCAUUUGCCACUACCAACCAUGUAUGAAUGCCAACACCACCCCUGGUGCUGCCGUGUUCCAAAGGCCAUAAUGCCUCUCCACAUGAAAAGCAGCUACUUUUAGAGCAGACGGGUAUUUUAAAUGAUAAAAUUAAUUUUCCUUUUAAACAUUGUCUUUCACAAAAAAAAGUAUCUGAUUUUGAAGCACAAUACUUCUAUGCAGAGAACUACAGAAUGUACAACACAGAAACUGUUUAUAUUUUACUUUUAGUUCUCUCUUUACAAAGCAUUAACUGAAUUUGCUGUCUAGCAGUAUUUCAGUUUAGUGUGGCACACAAAGGGUUAAGCUUGUACAUUACAACUGCACAGGAAGUACAGGAAAGAUAUAUAUAUAUAUAUACACACACGUGUGUGUGCGUGUAAGAUAUAUAGACACGGAACCAUGUGUGUUUUCAAGCUUACAGCUAUAACUUAUCGUUCUUUAAAUAACAAAUGUAUUGGAUUCUUCUGUGAAUAAAGUUCUUCAUGCAAAACAUACUGAAAA